AUGGAAGAGAAUUCACAAACAAAACAGCAUAAUAUGACAAUAGAGAACCGUACAGAGGAGUCGGAGACUACUGUGGUUCCUCCAUCUUCAGAUAGCUCCGCUUCAGCGGCAAAAAUGUUAAGGAUACCGCUGGUGGCAAUUAGCCGCCCAAGUAUAGAAGUACUGUUUCCACCAGCAGAAUUUGUAGCAACUAUAACAACAAAACUUGCAAGAGAAUGUAGAAACUAUACUUUGCUCUCGUGGCUAUUGAAUGACUCUUCGGAAGUCACACUUACGACUAUUUUUAAUACAAGCUCUGAUCCAUAUCGCCUUUUCAAAUCCGUGAAGAAACCAUCUUACCAUAGUUUACUCAAUUUCCAGUGCUCAGUAUCGGUUGAUCAUAAUACAACAUUAUCUUCGGAGCUGGUUAAGGUCUCUAUAUUUCCCAGUAUCAUGCAAUAUACAAAACUGGGACAGUUCAAAAUGGACAAUUUAUGCGAGCAGUACAUUAAUCAGUUUGUAAGAGUGUUACAGAGAUACAAUCUUGCUCAAGAUCCAGGUUAUAACAGACCAGGGUAUUUGCAGACGAAUUUGACUCAGUUGAUGCAAAGUUACACGAGAGACGUGUUUCAUGACAUUGUAUCUAAAUGGGUUAGAUGGAGGCGCAUAGUUUGCGGUAACCAUCUUGGUGGGGUUUCCGAUGAUGAUCUAGUAGCUGAGCGUAUUCAGGUGUUGAUCACGAAGUAUUGGGCACGCUAUAUGGCCCUAGGUAACAGCUCUUUUGAAGAUUUCGUGGAAGGUAUGGAUAGUACAACGGCUUUGGUGUCAGCUACCAUUUCCGAGUCCAGCGAGACACAUAUAGUAUAUGGCGUUUGGAUUGAUGGUCAGAAUGGAAUUGUACUUCUAUGCAACGGUCUUAUGUCCAAUUGGGAAACCUGUCUUGCUCCUACCAUAGGUGCCACUUUGGAAGGAAACUACUUUGAGACUGUUAAGAAGAUUCUCCUUUUUAUAAAUUGCUCUAUAUUAGAGUGCUGCAGGUGGCAUCUAGAUAGCGAUUCAGAAGAACUGUGA